GGGAAACCUCAGGGGUGGCGCUGGCUGGGGGCGGGUUCCUGGCGGAGGGCGGGGCAGACCUGGGCUACCGGGUGUGCCAGCCAAGCCCUGCACAGCGGAGGUGGCGGCGGUGGCCCUCGCCCGUGGCCCCCGUGCUUCCUUGCGCUCGAACUCACGCCAUGGAGGAACAACUCCAGGACCCUCUGAGCGGGAAGCUCCGACUCCGCUUCUCCCCUGCGGCGCGCACCAGCCUCUUACUGCUCAGGCUCAACGACGCGGCGCUGCGGGCAUUGCAAGAGUGUCACCGGCAACAGGUACGGCCAGUGAUUGCUUUCCAAGGCCACCGAGGGUAUCUGAGGCUCCCAGGCCCUGGCUGGUCCUGCCUCUUCUCCUUCAUAGUGUCCCAGUGUGGCCAGGAAGGCGCUGGUGGUAGCUUGGAUCUUGUGUACCAACGCUUAGGCAGAUCUCGGCCUAACCACCUCCACUGCCUGGGCCCACUCAAGGAGCGCCUCACUGUUUGGGCAACCAUGGAUUCUAUCCCAGCUCCAUCAACAGUUCAGGGACACAACCUGACUGAAGAUGCCAGACACCCUGAGAGUUGGCAGAACACGGACUAUUCUGAAGGAGAUGCAGUGUCACAGCCACAGAUGGUACUGGAAGAGGUGUCAGAUCCACUGGCAAGCAACCAAGAACAGUCACUCCCAGGAUCCUCAAGGGAGCACAUGGCACAGUGGGAAGCGAGGAACCAGGCCCAUCUUCCAAACAGAGAGCUUGAUCAGGCACUGCCUUCCUCUGUCAGCCGGAAACGUCUGAACAAGAAACGUCCAGCACCUGUAGCCACUGUAGAACUAGAAGAAAAGAGGUUCAGAGCUCUGCCUCAAGGUGCAAGUCCUCUACAAGGGCUGCCCAAUCAGGAGUUACAAGAAAGAGAAGACUGGGAGCAAGAUGAAGACACAGACCCCAGGCUGGAGCACAGUUCCUCAGUCCAAGCAGACUCUGAAUCCUCAAGCUCUGAAGAGUUACCAGAUUACCUCCUGCAAUACAGGACCAUCCAUAGUGCAGAGCAGCAACAUGCCUAUGAGCAGGACUUUGAGACAGAUUAUGUUGAAUACCGCAUACUGCACGCCCGCGUUGGUGCUGCAAGCCAAAGGUUCAUGGAGUUGGGAGCAGAGAUCAAGAGAGUUCAGCAAGGAACCCCAGAAUACAAGGUGCUGGAAGAUAAGAUAGUCCAAGAGUAUAAAAAGUUCAGGAAGCGGUACCCAAGUUACAGGGAAGAAAAGUGCCGCUGUGAGUACCUGCAUCAGAAAUUGUCCCACAUUAAAGGUCUCAUCCUGGAGUUUGAGAAAAAGAACAGGGGCAGCUGAAGCUGUCAAGAGGGCUCUUGAACCUCUGCUCAGUGAUAUGAAAGAAGAAAGCAGCUACAAACUAGAGUGCAACGAUCUGCUUUCCUUAUGCUGGCCACUAGAGUCAAUGGUGUCAAAUAGAGAACUGCUCUAGGUUCUGAAGGGCUGAUUUUCAUUUUGCUGUAUUUUAAUUUUUAGGGUGUGGGCACUGUGCCAAGACUCCACAGCUGUGCCCAUGAGUCUAGGAAAAGUGACAGAGACUUGGCUUCUUCACCUUUAGUUCAGCCAAGUUAUUUUCAAA